CCCUGCCCGUUCCGGCCCCCCCCGCCGGCAGGUGCCCGUGGCCAUGGGGGCCGGGUUCGGUGCGGGGCUGGGGCUGGCCCUGGCCUCCAGCGCCUUCAUCGGUGGCAGCUUCGUCCUGAAGAAGAAGGGGCUGCUCCGGCUGUGCGGCCGCGCCCGGGCAGGGCAAGGAGGGCACGCAUACCUGCGAGAGUGGCUUUGGUGGGCCGGGCUGCUGUGCAUGGGAGUUGGAGAAGCUGCAAAUUUCGCUGCCUAUGCCUUUGCCCCUGCAACGCUGGUAACUCCACUGGGUGCUCUGAGUGUCCUUGUUAGUGCAGUUCUGUCUUCCAUCUUCCUGAAUGAGCAGCUGAAUGUUCACGGGAAGAUUGGCUGCAUCCUGAGUAUGCUGGGCUCCACUGUGAUGGUGAUCCAUGCUCCACAGGAAGAAGAGGUUUCCAGCCUGGAGUCAAUGGCAGAGAAGCUGAAAGAUCCAGGAUUCAUUGUAUUUGCUGUGUGUGUCCUGGUGAGCUCUCUUCUGCUCAUCUUUGUGGCUGGACCCCGUUAUGGACAGAGCAACGUCCUGGUUUAUGUUUUGGUCUGCUCUGCCAUUGGCUCACUGUCUGUAUCCUGUGUCAAAGGCCUGGGGAUUGCCCUGAAAGAACUGUUCUCUGGGAAGCCAGUCCUGAAGGAACCCCUGGGCUGGGUGCUCCUGGUGUGCCUGGUGAUCUGCAUCAGCAUCCAGAUCAACUACCUGAACAAAGCCCUGGACAUUUUCAACACCUCUGUGGUCACACCCAUUUACUACGUGCUGUUCACCACGGCAGUCAUGACGUGCUCUGCCAUCCUCUUCAAGGAGUGGCAGCACAUGGUGCUGGACAACAUCAUCGGCUCCAUCAGCGGCUUCCUCACCAUCGUGUCCGGCAUCUUCCUCCUGCACGCCUUCAGGGACAUGCCCUUCACCCCCAGCCUCCUGCCCCUCUUCCUGCAGCCAGCCAGGGCAGAGCCACACCCGCCCUGGAGCAGUGCAGACAGACAUCAGUCCUGUCAGCACCAGCCUCUGCUGCCCUCGGAGGAAAAGGGCUCUCAGAGUGCAGAGGAGGAGGAGGAGGAGGAGAAGUGAAAGCAGGUGAGGAAGCAUCUGAACUGCUGGCUUCCAGCUCCCACUGCCAAGGCUGAACGUGCUGCAGGAGUUAGCCUCUGCCUGCCCCAGGCACCACCACGCUGACAGGAGGCUGGCAGGGCCAGCAGCCUCCUGUGGCUACAGACAGGAGCCCUGGGAACUGCCCAGUUCCUGGCAUCCUGUGCCUCUUCACUCUUACGUAAAGAAUUAAUCUGCCCUCGUCAGGGCAGAGAGGCCUGCAGCACUAACACAGUGCUAACCCUGACUCCAUGGCAGAUCACACAUCUGGGGAGGCUCACACUGUUUUUUUUAACCCCAGAAUUAACAGUUACAGAACGAUCUAACAUGGUGCUAUGGCUGCACAGAGAGAAGAUGGAUGUCUGGCUUUAAAGGUGACAUUCAGAGAGUAUUAAUGCAAAAAUUCCUCUGUCAAGUACUUGAUUUUGCUCACUCUGCUAGAAUUUAUUUACAGAUUCACAUCCAAAAACAGAAUACAGCCCAAACUGGGAAACUUCAGUGGUGCUGCCACAUGCUGCUGUGGCUCUUAGAGAGGGACAACCUCUUUGUGCAAUGUCUGCAACGCAGGUUGAUGAAGCUUCCUGUGUGCUAUUAAAGACUGAUCUGUUCAGUUA